GGCGAUAAAUUUGAUUGGAAACUGGUCAUAUGGGCUGCCAAACCUGGACUGAAGGUGAAAGAUGUCAUCUUCCCUGUUCAAACAUUGCAGCGAACACCCUCUGCAAGCAGACGCUGCUCGGUCAACUUUUGUUUCGUCCACCCGCCUCGCACGGCUUCUUUUUUUUUUUUUUACGCCACUACAACAAGCUCUAUCUUCCACUAUUAGAGUUUUUUCUCCAGAUUUUGCUUCCCAUAGCAGAUUUGUCGGCCUGCCUAGGGUUCUGCUUUAUAAAAUGACCCGAGGUGGAGAACUGGUUAUGCUGGGUAGACCGUCCCGAAUAUCCAGAUGUAGUAAACGCCACCACCAAUAUGAGCCCCCAAAAUAUCGCUUCCUCCAAAUUGUCAACAGAAAUGAAUGACCUUGGUGCGAAAGGCCCCAAAGUUUUAAAACUGCGCUGAAGUCUGCUUACGAU